AUGGCUCUGUGUCCUCCUUUGUUAGCUCAUGUUAGCCACACCUGGCCUGCUAUCAUCAUCAACAGUGUCAACAACAGUGUGUUUGGCCACUACUUUUUUGUGACAAUAUGUGGAAACCUUCUUGUAAUAAUCUCCAUCAUUUACUUCAGACAGCUCCACACUCCAACUAACUACCUCAUCCUGUCUCUGGCUGUGGCUGACCUGCUUGUUGGGAUCAUAGUAUUUCCUUUCAGCAUGACAUUCUCUCUCAGCUCAUGUCUGUAUCAUGAGGAUUUGUUUUACAGAUAUUAUGCAGUGUGUCAGCCUCUGAACUACAGUACUAAAAUCAACCAUCGUGUUGUUGUGAUCAUGAUCCUGGUGAGCUGGGCAGUGUCUGCUCUUAUUGGAAUUGGUGUCAUAAUUGCUGGUUUAAACAAUGAAAAAUGUGAGGAAAGGUGUUUCAUUGAUGUUCUUAUUGAAAACACAAUUGGACCCAUUUUGUCAUUUUAUUUCCCAGUCAUCAUAAUGCUCUGUAUUUAUCUAAAGAUUUUCCUUGUUGCACAGAGACAGGCACGCAGCAUCCACAGCACAACUUGUCAAAGCACAAAGUCUCGAGCAAUUGUCAGUAAGACGGAGAGAAAAGCCACCAAAACGUUGGCCAUAGUUUUGGGAGUUUUUCUUUUAUGUUGGACUCCUUUCUUUUUUUGCAUAACCUCUGUACCUUUAAGUAAUAAUUCAGCACCAGUUGCUGUGAUUGAAACACUUAACUGGCUUACACUGUCAAACUCAAUGCUCAAUCCAUUUAUUUAUGCUUUCUUUUACAGUUGGUUCAGGUCAGCUUUUAGAAUGAUAAGUUCUGGAAAAAUAUUUCAUGGCAAUUUUGUUAACUCGAAGUUGCACUGA